CUACCGUAGUACAGCCUACAGGGCGAGGGGCUGACCUCGAAGCCGAGAUUAGCCUCAGCUUAGCCUAAGGCUACAGCGGAGCUGUAAUGAGCAUGAAACUUCAGGUACGGCACGUCGGCUUGGCGUCGGCGCCAAUUAGGAGGGACAUAACGCGGUACAUCUACUUUGAGUCAGAAGUGAGGGCAAGAACAUAAUAUUGCUCUAUACUAGUUUUAUAAGCUGCCAUAAUGGUUCACGUGCGGUCUGUGCUGGUUGACAUUGAAGUACCUCAUGACGACGAAGUGUGCGACGUUCUUGCACGGCUGCAAGACAGUCUGGGGACCAAGAAGCAGAAGUUUCGGCUGGUGCACCAGGGCGAGGUUUUGGGCGCCGGCGUCCUGGCAGAAAACGGGGUCGCAGGUGAAGAUUCCGUUGUGGCUCUCAUGGUACGAGAUCCUGUGCCCCCCGUCACGUAUGCGGAUGGCAGUUCAGCUGUUGAUGUAGCAACGAUCAAUGCGGCGAUUGCAAACGAAAGGGCAGAAAGGGGCCAGGAAGCAGAGUCUUCAGGACAGGACGGGGAUGGGGCAUCCGAUUUCCCCUUCCUGCGCCGCAUGAUGCAUCAGCUGGCCGCCCUGGGUGGCCUUCGCCCGUCGCCGGGGGGCCAAGUGACCCUGGAGCCCGCGCAGGUGCAAACGCUGUGGGACACCAUCGACUCGUGCCUUAGGACGACAGACCCGAUCGGCAGUACCAGCGAGGCAGGACCCUCUGGGAGCGACACUGCAAUGGCAGACGCAUCGGCCACCCCGCUUCCAGUCGUUGACGAGGGCGCCCUCCAGCAGCUGGUGGGUAUGGGCUUCCCCGAGGCGCGGUCCCGCAAGGCGCUCCUGCUGCGCCGCAACUCGCUGGAGGCCGCCAUGGAGUGGCUGCUGGAGCACGGGGAAGACCCCGAUGCGGACACGCCUCUCUCGGAGGCGCAGCUGCGCGCACUGGCGGCUCCUGGGGCGGCGCGCUCCGUAGUGCAGCCGGACCCCGAGGCGCUGCGGCAGCUGCUCGAGAUGGGCUUCGACGAGCAGCAGGCCGCAGACGCACUGCGCGCCACCUUCAACGAUCAGGAGGCGGCAUUACCGCCGAGCAGCGGAGAUGCCUGCGGAGCAGCGAACACGAAUCUUCCGCGCGAUGCUGAGCGGCCCGGCAGUCAGCGUGGACCCGCCACCAGGCCCGGGGGAAGCGGACACCUCCAGCUCUCGACGGCUGCUGGAGCUGCUCAAUGCGUUUCGGGACAUUCAAGAGUGAAAGCAGACCGCCAAGCAUUCAGAUUCUUAGACAGCAUGCGCCUCUGUAUCCACUUCGGAGACACGAAAGGGUGGCACACAUUGGUGAAGAUGGUUUGACAUAGAGACUUUGACUUAGCUCAUGGCUGUCCAGUUCGAACUUAUGCGUUUGGAGCUCAACAUGUACAUACCCCAGAUUCGUGCAUACGGUUAAAGUAAUGGCUCGGGGACUGGACGUCCUACUAUGUAGUGGAAUCCGUAUCAUAGAGACCCCUGUAUAAUGUCAUGCGAGACAUUAAUAGCCUACGUUUUAUGCGGCUCCGGCGUCUUUGAUUGGACGAGAACAUUAAAAUCAGUAACUGCCGUGCACACAAAAAUAACGAUGGCUUGACAUCCGAACGUACCAAAUUGCAGUUAAAUA